AUGACCGAGGAGGCCAUCGAGCAGGAGAUCGCCGCCGCCGUCAAGGCCGCCGUCGAGGCCGAGCGCGAGCGCCUCACCAAGCCCGAUCCCAAGAAGAAGACCCCCCCGGCCAAGAAGGACACCGAGGCGUCCACCGACGCCGGGGAGGCCGACGAGCAGGAGGCAACCCCGGCGCCGGCCGACACCGAGGAGACCGCCCCCAAGAAGCCCAAGAAGCCCAAGAAGAAGGAUGCCACCACGGCUCCCGCCGAGGAGCCCCUCUCUCCGGAGGCCCUGGAGGCGGCCCUGCAGCGCGUGGAGGCCGAGGCCACCGCCGCCGCCCGGGACCAGGCCAACGACAAGGCCGCCGUCAUCCGCAUCAAGCGGAUCCGCGCGAAGAAGCUCCUGAAGCAGUUCAAGUGA